CAACUUUCAGGCUUUUUAGCUUUCUAGUUAGGUGGAGUGUCCUUGUUAAUAUCACAGUUCAGUGUUCAGAAAUCAUACUAUCAUUAAAAGAGCCUCAAUUAGUGAUCAAUGAACUCAUUAGAUUUUGGUACUUAGUUUACUUCAUUCAAACUCUUCUGUUCUGACUCCAGAGUUUGCAACACGUGGAAAAUGGAUACCGCAAAAAAAAAAAAAAUCAUUAUAAAGUUGGUACUUGGAAACGGCACUUCUAAGGCCACACUCAAAUGGCUGCUGCCUGCUGCUACCAGCUGCUUAUGAUCCCCUAGAUCCCAAUGGGAACAUAACCAUCAAAUGGGAUGUCAUGGCUUGGACUGCAGAUGGCUAUGUGGCUACUGUAACCGUGAACAAUUUCCAAAUGUACCGGCACAUUAUGACUCCUGGUUGGACACUUGGAUGGACAUGGGCAAAGAAGGAAGUAAUCUGGUCUGUAGUGGGAGCACAAACAACAGAGCAAGGUGACUGCUCCAAGUUCAAAGGCAACAUCCCACAUUGUUGCAAGAGGGAUCCAACAGUGGUGGACUUACUCCCUGGAGUUCCAUAUAACCAGCAAUUCACAAACUGCUGCAAAGGUGGAGUCUUGGCAUCCUGGGGACAAGAUCCACAGUCAUCAGUCUCGGCGUUCCAAAUCAGUGUCGGCCUAGCUGGCACUACAAACAAGACUGUUAAACUCCCCAAGAACUUCACUUUGUUAGGUCCUGGACCGGGUUAUACCUGUGGCCGUGCCAAGAUCGUUCCUCCAACCAAUUUUCUCAGUCCUGAUCGACGCAGGAAAACACAAGCUCUCAUGACAUGGAAUGUGACCUGCACCUAUUCACAGUUUUUAGCCAGAAAACACCCCAGUUGCUGUGUUUCUUUCUCAUCUUUCUAUAACGAGACAAUCACUCCUUGUCCAUCUUGCGCUUGUGGAUGCGAAAAUAAGAACAAGUGCAUCAAGAGUGAUUCUAAACUUCUUAGUGUAGUUGGCAUAAACACUCCAAGGAAAGAUCACGCCCCGUUAAUGCAAUGCACACACCACAUGUGCCCAGUUCGUGUGCACUGGCAUGUUAAGACCAACUACAAGGACUACUGGAGGGCAAAGGUAGCUAUAACCAACUUUAACUACAGACUGAACUACACACAGUGGACUCUUGUUGUUCAGCACCCAAAUCUCAACAAUGUUACUGAAGUUUUCAGCUUCGACUACAAGCCACUUGUAGCCUUUGGAUCCAUCAAUGACACGGGGAUGUUUUAUGGAAUGAAGUUCUUCAAUGAUAUGCUCAUGGAAGCUGGACCAUUUGGAAACGUCCAAUCUGAGAUACUUCUUCAGAAGGACAAAAACACAUUUACAUUAAAGCAAGGAUGGGCAUUUCCUAGGAAAGUAUACUUCAACGGGGAUGAGUGCAUGCUACCCCCACCAGAGGCAUAUCCUUUUCUGCCCAAUUCUGCAGAUCAAAACCUUGUUCGUGUUUCCACGUGGUUAUGUUCAAUCAUCUUUCUUCUACUUGUAUGGAUUCAGUGA